AUGAGUUCCAACGACAACAGCAACAACAACCACUUCGACUCGGAGGCUCCCACGCCUCGUCUGAGUAUGGAGCACUACGAUCCUCUCAAUGACUCUGGCGUCCAGACAGACAAGGAUCUGCCCAGGGAAGAUGUUGAUGUCGAGAGCAACGCCGCCAGCAACAGUCCCAUCCCCGAGAAAGCAGCACCCAAAGACCCCAAUCUCGUCGAAUGGGAUGGGCCCAACGACCCUGAGAACCCGCAGAACUUCACGCCUCUUCGCAAAUGGAUCAUCACCUUGACCAUGUCCUCCAUGACCAUGUGGAUCACCUUCGCAAGCAGUGUGUUCUCGACCGCCACGCUCGUCACUUCCAAGGAGUAUGGCGUGUCGACCGAAGUCAUGACUCUGGGCACAAGUCUCACGGUCUUCGGCUUCGCACUGGGUCCCCUCUGCUGGGCGCCACUGAGCGAGCUGUACGGCCGCCGCCUGCCGCUGUUCUUGGGCUAUGCCAUCUUCGCCAUCUUCCAGAUCCCCGUCGCCGUCGCGCAGAAUCUGGAAACUAUCAUGAUCUGCCGCUUCCUGAUCGGCGUCUUUGGCUGCUCGCCGCUGGCUGUCGUCGGCGGCGCCAUGGCUGAUAUCUGGGAUCCCGUCGACCGCGCCAUUGCCAUCGCCAUGUUCAGCGCGGCCACUUUCCUCGGCCCCGUUUUGGGCCCCAUCGUCGGCGGCUUCAUCACAGAUUCCUACCUGGGCUGGCGCUGGACCGCCUGGAUCACUCUCAUCGCCUCCGCAACCUUCGGCAUCAUCACUUUCUUCGUCGUCCCGGAGACCUACCCGCCCGUCCUCCUGCAGCAGCGCGCCGCUCGCCUGCGCCGCGAGACCCGCAACUGGGCCCUGCACUCCUUCCUGGACGAGCACAGCCCGACCUUCCGCCAGAUCUGCAACAACUACCUGCUACGACCAUUCCAGAUGCUCUUCCUCGAGCCCAUCCUCGUGGCCAUCACCAUCUACCUGGCCCUGAUCUACGGCAUCCUCUACCUCUUCUUCGAAGCGUACCCGAUCUCCUUCAGCGAGGUGCGCGGCUGGAAACACCAGGGCGUUGCCGCCCUCCCCUUCAUCGGCAUCAUGAUCGGUGUCUUCCUCGGCUGCGCCCUGAUCAUCUACACUACCAAGACCCGUUUCGCGCGCAAGCUCAAGAAGCACGGCAAAGUCGUCCCAGAGGAGCGCCUGAUCCCAAUGAUGAUCGCCUCAGUUCUCCUGCCCGCGGGCUUGUUCUGGUUUGGCUGGACCUCUAGCCCCAACAUCUCCUGGGUACCUCAGGUGAUCGCCGGCGUGCCCAUUGGCUUGGGCAUCCUGGUGAUCUUCAUGCAGGGCCUCAACUACAUCAUCGACGUGUACAUGAUGUUCGCCAACUCGGCCAUCGCGGCCAACACGCUCGUCCGGUCUACUCUCGGCGGCGCGUUCCCCUUGUUCGCUACGCAGAUGUAUCACAAUCUCGGCGUCAACUGGGCUUCUAGCCUGCUGGGCUUCAUCACCCUGGCGAUGAUCCCCAUCCCGAUCUUGUUCUAUUUCUACGGAGCCAAGAUCCGCGCUAUGAGCCGCUUCUCGCCGAAGUUCUAA